GGGGUUUCAUUGUAAGAGUUUUGUGUCCUGAUACUAAUACAGGAUUGAGCUGCGAUGUCUCUGAGAGGCGAGGUGUGUGUAGUGACGGGAGCUGGAGGGUUUCUGGGGAAGAGGCUGGUGAGGCUGCUGCUGGAGGAGGAGAAGCUGGCUGAGAUCCGACUGCUGGACAAACACGUACAGCCACAGCUUCUACAGUCUCUGGAGGACUGUAGAGGCGAAACAACGCUGAGUGUUUGUGAGGGAGACAUCAGAGACGCUGAUUUCCUGAGAAAAAGCUGUAGAGGUGCAUCGAUCGUCUUCCACGUCGCAUCCAUUAUUGAUGUUAAUGACUCGGUGGAGUACCGUGAGAUAUACGGGGUCAAUGUCAAAGGAACGCAGCUGCUCCUGGAGGCUUGUGUUCAGGAGAACGUUGUGUCCUUCAUCUACACGAGCACCAUCGAGGUGAUGGGACCAAACUCUCAAGGUGACCCAAUAAUCAACGGCAGCGAGGACAUGGAGUACUCCUGCGCUCUGAAGUUCGCCUACAGCAGGACGAAGCAGGAGGCGGAGCAGCGGACGCUCCAGGCCCACGGAGAGAUGCUCCACAACGGGGGCCGCCUGGCCACCUGCGCCCUCAGACCCAUGUACAUCUACGGGGAGGGCUGCCGCUUCCUGCUGGGCCACAUGGGCGACGGCAUAAAGAAUAAAAACCUUCUUUACCGCAUGUCCAAACCAGAAGCUAAAGUGAAUCCGGUGUACGUCGGUAACGUGGCUACGGCCCACCUCCAAGCAGCUCGCAGCCUCAAAGAUCCACAGAAGAGAAACGCUAUCGGAGGAAAGUUUUACUUCAUUUCCGACGACACACCACACAUGAGUUACUCUGAUUUUAACUAUGUUGUGAUGUCGCCUCUGGGCUUCAACAUCCAGGAGAAGCUGAUGUUCCCGCUGUGCCUGCUCUACCUGGUGUGCUUCCUGAUGGAGAUGCUGUGCCUGAUGGUCCGACCCGUCGUACGCAUCGUGCCGCCGCUGAACCGGCAGCUGGUCACCAUGUUGAACACGCCCUUCAGCUUCUCCUACCAGAAGGCCAAGGACGACCUGGGAUACUCCCCCAGGUUCACGUGGGAGGAGGCCCGCCAACGCACCGUCGAGUGGCUCGCCUCAGAGCUGCCCAGAGAGAGGGAGAGGAUAAGGGCAAAGUAAUCUAUGAAAAAUAAGUUUGGUUUAUUUCUUGGAUCACAUUACUCCAGUCCUGAGGUCUUUACACUGGCUUCCUAUCUGUCAAAUAAUUGAUUUCAAAAUA